GGGCGGUGGGGGCGGGGCAAGCGCGGAGGACCAGGGACGGGCUCCGGACCCCGCAGUUAGCGCCGCCUGGCCUGGGGCGGACCGGGUCAGGGUUCCCCAGCUGUCGUCCCUAUGGGGCUGUGUUUUCCUUGUCCCGGGGAGUCCGCGCCUCCCACGCCGGACCUGGAAGAGAAAAGAGCAAAGCUUGCAGAGGCUGCAGAGAGAAGACAAAAAGAGGCUGCAUCUCGGGGAAUUUUAGAUGUUCAAUCUGUGCAAGAAAAGAGAAAGAAAAAGGAAAAAAUAGAAAAACAAAUUGCUACAUCUGGGCCCCCACCAGAAGGUGGACUUAGGUGGACAGUUUCAUAAAGCAUAACAUGAGUAGAAGAAUCUACUGCCAAUAACUGUUUAUUAUCUGCAAUCAAGUGGACUUCAUCAAUUUAAUUUCUUCUCUUUGAAUAAAUGAAGAUUCAGACUUUGUAA